AUGGCAUCUGCUCUAGAACAUAAAGAAGACGGCAAUCGAUACUUUCAACAACAAAAGUUUGAAGAAGCGAUAGAAGCUUAUGGAAAAGCUAUUUUGAAGAACAAUUCAGAACCCUCUUUCUUCACAAAUCGAGCUUUGUGUUUUGUGAAUCUCAAGAAAUGGAAUCUGGCUUCUGAAGAUUGUCGAAGAGCUUUGGAGUUGGAUGGACGAAAUAUUAAGGUAUUUUCCUUUAUGUCUUGUUUUUAAUGUUUAGAUGUUUCAAAGCUGUUGAAGCACGUAAUCAAGGUGACGCUAAAGAAAACUGAACUAUUAUCAAACUGUUUUAAGACCGUUUUUUAAAGAAUCAUUAAAGUUUUCUUUUCUAGGCAAACUACUUUCUUGGCAAGAUUUGUCUCCACAAUAACCAGCUCGACGAAGCUGUAAUGCUCUUGACCCGAGCUCAUGAAGGAGCUACGGCUCAGAAAAUGGGAUUUGGAGAUGAGAUCACAGCUCUUCUGCGUCAAGCUCGAAGAGAAAAGUUUAGAAUCAAGGAAGAGAAGCGGAUUGUACAAGAAAUUGAACUACAAAGUUAUUUGAACAAACUUAUCGAUGAUGAUAUUGCGAAGACAAUUGCUGAAGUAUGUUUGACAAGUACUUCUUUGUGUUGCUGACUUAUUACGUUUUUUAAGUUUUGUGUAAUAAUAUUGGUUUUCUUCAGAAGCCAGACUCGGAAGCAGAAAAGAUCAAAGCCGAGGGAAACGAGAAGAAACAAGACUUGAAUUCCAUGUUUGCACAGGUAUGAUACUUCUUAUAACAACUAUGAAUAAUUGAAUUAAAUUAAACAGUUCAAACAAAGGGACUGUAAUUCUACAAAACUCCCAAGGAUUCGUUAGUAAACCUAUCUUUUCAGCUUGAUGAUCGACGAAGAAGACGCGAAAUUCCGGAUUAUUUGUGUGGAAAGAUCUCGUUCGAACUGUUACGAGAUCCCGUGAUCACUCCAAGCGGCAUAACAUACGAUCGAUCUGAUAUCAAAGAGCAUUUACAUCGGGUAGGACACUUUGAUCCGAUUACCAGGGUUCCUCUUACCGUCGAACAACUAAUUCCCAACUUGGCCAUGAAAGAGGUGCUAGACACCUUCAUAGCCGAGAAUGAGUGGGCCUUGGACGAUUGA